CCCGCAGUAGUCAACCUCUCUCUCUCUCCCUCUCUCUCUCUCUCUCUCUCUCUGGUGAGGGGGUCACGUCGCUGCCAAGGCUUCUCAUAAAUGUUUGUGAUGUGUCAUGCAAUAGAUGGGGCCUGCCAUUCAAUCGAAUGUCAACGGCGUGGAGACAUGCGCGAUGGAGACUCAGGACAUGGUGAAGGGUAUUGCAGGUGUCAGCAACGAAGGGAUAUCGGCCGGAGCAAACAGCACGGACUGUGCAGUGGCCCUUGCGGGAAUUUGUGCGCAGGCUGCAGACUUGAGCACGGAUGGCGACACGAGCGAUGAUGGUGCAGAGUGUCUUGUUCCGUACGAGAAUGUUGAGAGGACGAGAGCAGGAGGACACUUCCCGUUUGACGUCAAUUGGGUGCCUGGUCAUCUUCAACCGGGUACCGUUGGAGGAACGCCGUGCUUUGCGUUCAAAGUGAAUGGGGAAUGGGUUCCAUAUCCCGCCCCCACAGAGGCGUCGUGGAGGUGCGUGACUCUGUCAAUCAUCUUCGACAGAGUGCUGAGGUUGAACGAUGCGGCGACCCCUGAUGAGAAAUCACGGCAUGUGUUGAAACUAUGGAGUGUUCUGGACGCGAAGGGCGAUUUGAGGCUGAAUGAUUUUUCCGUACAAUGGCGCCAACAGUAGUACGUACAACUCAACAUGGCGGACCUUUUUUUCGAAACGCAAGCGUCAGAACCAGGAAUUAAGCAAGACAUCAACGCCAGAACGCAUGCAAGUAAACACAUAUAAAUCGG